GUGAAUACAAUAGUCCCAAGAUGGCGGCUUCUUUGGGAGGGAUGUUUGGAGCUCAACAGCCAGGUCCCCCUCCGCCGCCUCCGCCCCCGGGACCUCCCGGGAGCUCGGGACAAGUUACGUUGCUUCCGACGGCGGCCGGCGGCUCGAGGAAUUCUAAUAAUACUUUAGUGGACGAGUUGGAAGCGUCUUUCGAGGCUUGUUUUGCUUCCCUGGUGAGUCAGGACUAUGUCAAUGGCACCGAUCAGGAGGAAAUUCGAACUGGUGUUGAUCAGUGUAUUCAGAAGUUUCUAGAUGUUGCAAGACAAACAGAGUGCUUUUUCCUUCAGAAAAGAUUACAGCUGUCCGUCCAGAAACCAGAACAAGUUAUCAAGGAGGACGUCUCAGAGUUAAGAAAUGAAUUACAGAGAAAAGAAGCACUAGUCCAGAAGCAUUUGGCAAAGCUCAGGCACUGGCAGCAGGUGCUGGAAGAGAUCAACAUGCAGCAUAAAAAGCCUGCAGACAUACCGCAAGGACCACUGGCAUACCUUGAGCAGGCAUCAGCUACUAUUCCUGCACCCAUGAAGCAAACAUGACUCUUGUUUCCGUUACAAAAGGGUUAAACUAAGAAUUUUCUUAUUUGUAAUUUUAAUGGAAUCUGCAGAAUAUUGAUGUACGAAGUUAUUUUAUUUUAAAAAAUUCAACUUCACCAAAUAUUCUUUUUCUUUUCUAUGUACAGUUUCUUAAAGUGUAUUUUUAUAAAUGUUCAGAAAUGCAUAUUGUUUUGGUAAACUAUAAUCAGUACAGUGUUCAAAGCAUAGUCAGUUGCUUUGUUAUCACUUAGAUGCCUUUGGUUUUGUCUUAGGGAAAGUGGGUUACUGGAGCAAGUGUUACUGUCAUUAACAUUUAUUGAUAAUUCAAUUGACCAUUUGGAAUUUAUUUUCUAAAGAAAUUUCUAAAAUGUCCCAACUAAGACAUUUUUUGAGAAAAUCCAGACCUUUCUGUAUUUUAGCGUGAUGUUAGAUACAUACUGGCUUCCCAAAUUUAUAACAGCACAUUUUUGGCCUUCAGUUUGCAUAGCCAACUUACCUUCUUUGUAUGGAUUUCCAUUUAUUCAGUAAUACAUAUUUUUUCUUUUUUUUCUUUUUUUUUUUUAGUGAGGCAAUUGGGGUACUCCUGACUCCAGGGCCAGUGCUCUAUCCGCUGCGCCACCUAGCUGCCCCUCAGUAAUACAUAUUUGAGUGUAGUGUGAGGGGAAGAAAACUAGUCUGGGAAGCAGAUCCAGAUCCUAAAACUGAUUUCCAUACUACUAAGAGGCCUCACUAUGCCAGAAGGUAGAUGUGCCUACAUGCAAGUGUAUUCAUGCUGUUUCAGAGAGAUUUGAUGUCUGUAAAUACUUUGGGGCUCUUUGAAAAGAAGAUCCCAUGUAAACAUGUUUUAUUACUAAGAACAAAUAAAAAGGUCAUAAAACCCCAGUGUUAUUGUGACUAGAGAGUAUUAACACACAGUGAUUGAUAGGUACAGAAAUAAAGCAGACAGUCUUACUAGUACCCAUUCUGCAUAAUGAAGAAAGGGGGAAAAUAAACAAAAGAAAACUUUCGGCCCCUGUAAAUAACAUGUCAGAAUUCUGUGUGGUGACCAGCAUUUUCCAUUAAAGUGAAAAUCUAAUUAAAAUCUGAAAAUCUUGCACAGGGAUCAUCCCAUCCAUUCCCAGACUCUGCCUUGAAUCAUGAUAUCGGCUUUCUGCUGAAGAACACAUGAAUGAGCCACUUUGACUUGUCAGUUGUUGGCUUUAUUCAGAACAAAGACUUAAAAAUUGGCAGUACACGAAGAGUUGUUAUCUCAGCAAGUAACAUAGUACAUAGAGUAAACAACAUCUACUGCAAUUUCAUGGAGCACCAUUUGGGCCAGCACCAAAGGGCUGAGGUUAUUUUGUAUCUUAAGAGUUGUAUUGGAUCCUGUCAAAUCCCAUAGCUCUGCCAGGUGCAAAGUGAAUUUAAUGAAUAAACUAAGAGUUUGUAAAAACUGAUACAUCGAAUGCUAUGAAAUAGUCCACUGAUUCAAUGGGACUUGAUUCACCCAGAUCCAUGUACCCAUUAAAUCGCCGAGCUCCCCUUUAAAUCUACAGAAGUUCCAUGCAGUGAGGCCGCAAUGAGAUAAAUGGAGCUAACGCCUGUAUACCUAUCAAUUAGCUUCCUAUUAGUGAAAAUUCCUUUCAUCCCCUUUGCUAUUGAUGUCUGCUCCACAGUACAUACUACAUUAUCUUACAGAAAAAAACUAGUCACGUUACUCUUCUAAAAGUCAAAUGUUUCUUGUUUCUGGACCAACAAAGCCACAUGUAAAGCCAACUACACAAUUCACAAAGACUGGCAUUCUGUAAAUGUUGGUGGACACCAAAAAUGUAACACAAAACCCAUAUGGAAAGUUUUCCUAUGACUGCUUUCUUGUUAACACUGAAUAAAUGAUUUGUUAUAGUACUCAAGUAGGGAGAAAAAAUGAUCUUACCUUGAUCUAAGAAACUUCCUUAGUGAACUCAUUAUAGAAUGUUAAUCCUAAAACCCUCUUAAGCUAUGAGGUGUAAUUACAUAGCAAAAGUAACCUUUUUUUUCCUAGUCCAUUCCCUAAAUUGUACAUUUUGAUGUAAAUGUUUUUUUCUCAAAUGU